AUGUACUCCGCCAUCUUCGCCAGGCUCGAGGCCGAGGACAAGGCGAGGGAGGCGGAGGUGGUGCGGCUGCUGGACGCCUGCGCGGCGCUGGUGGUGGACCUGUUUGAGAGGGCGGCGCGGUCAGGCGCCCCCCAGCCAGAGACCGACCGGUGCAAGGUCUGGUGGCAAAUGCUGAUGAGCGUGAGCGAAGAUGCCUCGAAGCUCAUCCCCAGCAGGCACCUCGAGGGGCUCGUGUCGGACUGGGAGCGCAGCCUGCCGCGGCUCCGCGCCGCCUUCCUGGCGAUGGCCGACCAGCGACUGAAGGAGUUCGACGCGAAGCAGCUGGCUGGGGAUGCAGGCUUGGAGGACGGCGAUGGCAAGAACGCCAAGGAGAGGGCGGCGAAGGAGACCAAGAGGAUCGAGGACAGGAAGAAGUUGAUCGGCUUCCUCGGCGUUUCUCCCAACGGGAUCCUCUGCCUCUCGCUCACGUCGCUGCUGAAGCAGCUGAGCUCCCGGCUGUGCAGCUCGCUGCACGCCCCGCUGCGCGCGAGGAUAGUGUUGCUGCUGGAGCAGAUCUUAGCCAUGGACCACAAGGCCAUCGCCAACAAUCAGAAGUUGCGCUCGCAGGAGUGGACGAAGGCCGAGGACUUGGACGCCGAGGUGGACGCGGGCUUCCCCGAAUCGCCCCCCGUCGUGGAGCAGGCCGCCGAGGCUGCGGCACCGCCGGCCGAGGCUGGUGCCGCCGCAGCGGCGGCCCCUGCGGCGGACGCGCACGCCCCUGCGGCGGACGCUGCGGCCGCGGCGGCAGCUGGCGCGGCGCCCGCCGCGGCGCUGAGCCUGGGCAGCGACCCGGCGGUGACCUUCGAGCUGUACAGGAGCUUCUGGAGCCUGCAGGAGGCCCUGCACUUCCCCGAGAAGAUCUUCGACAGGCCCGAGGGGUGGAGGGUGUUCCACAAGAAGCUCUCCGAGGUGCUGGCCCUGUUCCUCGAGCACCCGGUCCGGGACCACGCCCACCAGCCGUGGACGCCGCCGGAGCCCGCGCCCCUGCGCCACGCGCCGCGGGGCCGCGCGCUGCCGGUGCAGCUGGACGACCCCGGCUUCCGGGAGCAGUUCCUCAUUCAGGCGAUGAUCGCUUUCCACGCCCUGGACGUGGACGCGUCGAGCUACCGGAAGGACACCAUGUCGCGCCAGAGGGUGGAGACCCAGAGAGAGUUCCGGGCCCUCCGGCGCACGUGCGAGAAGGUCCUGGAGCAGACGCGCGAAGGCUUCCCGGCGCUGCUGCGGCAUCUGCUCGAGCGCGAGGGCCACUGGGUGGCCUGGAAGGCUUUCGGCUGCCGGGAGUUCAAGCACGAGAGCCUCGAGAUGCUCCAUGCGAAGAUAGAGCCCGCCGAUUGCCUGCCGGAGAAGCCUGCGUCGCUGAAGGCGCCGAAGAUCCAGAUGCCGCCGCACGUGAGAAGUAUGCUGGGGACCCUGAAGGACCCUAAGUGGGACCUCCCCAAGGAGCACCAGCCCGUCGAGGAGGGAGAGGAGGACACGGCCGACGACAUCCGCCAGAACAUGCUUCGGAAGCUGUGCGACACGUACCUCGACCGGCUGCUCGAGGAGGACGACCCCAAGAACGAGGUAGAGGAGGAGUACAAGGCCAAGAAGAACAAGGUCUUCAUGUGGCAGGCUCGCCGCCUCUUCGCCCAGAAGCACCUGCGCGCGUACUCGGCCAGGGAUGCCAGCACCACCAAGUCGGACUUCAUGGACUACGUGCGCGCUGUCAAGGGCAUACGUGCUGUGGCGACUGUCGCCGACGCUGCUGCCACCGAGGCCCCGCCCGCUGAAGGCGCGAUAGCGGGCACCAUUCCAGAGGCACCGGCUAUCGCGGACGCCGCUCCAGCGGACGCCGUCCCGACAGACGCCGCUGCGGCUCCGGCAGACGCCGCACCGGCCAGCGCUGCACCGGCCGAUGCCACCAAGGAGCCGGCAGGCGGUGCCGGCGCGGCGGUCGCGGAGGCCCCCAGCGCGGCCUCCGCCGCGGACACCCCGACCGACGCUGCGCCCGCCGCAGCAGUGGAGAUCGAUGGUGAGACCCGCACGGCUGGCAAGCGCAGCGCUGACACGGCCGGCGCUGUCGCGGAGCCGGAGGCGAAGAAAGCCAAGACGUGA